UUAGUGAAAAAUUGUGAGAAUUUAGUGUAAAAAUUUCCCAAAAAAUAACAAAGGAGAGACUGCGAGCGAGAGAGUGACCAAAGUGCAUUUCGGAGAUCGGAAUCGGAAUCUUUUAAUUUCAUAUAUAUUCGUGCUACUUGUCUUUAAGGCAACAAAUUGAAAUUGAAACUCAAGUCGUCGUCGCCGUCGUCGUCGCCAACUAGAAGGCCAAGGAAGGGAGAAUGGUGCUCGUAUUGAAUGGUGUUCUGCAGGAUGACUGCCCCAUGGACACCAACAGUUUGUUUCUACAGCAUCCCGUGUAUAGAGAUUAUGCCCAGCAAUUGCAUUCCAUACAGGCCAAAUCUGUGGGUCCAGUUGGUUUGUUAUAUGUGGGUCAAAGGGAAUUGGCGGCUGCUGCCCCGCACGAUAAGAAUAUCAACAUCAUUGGUGCCGACGAUGCCACCACCUGUAUUAUAGUUGUUGUAAGGCAUUCGGGCUCUGGCGCUGUGGCUUUGGCCCAUUUCGAUGGCAGUGGCGUGGAUGAGGCUGUAUGCACCAUGGUCUCACGUGUACAGGAACUGGCAUUGGGCUAUCCAGAGGGACGCAUCGAGUUGCAGUUGAUUGGUGGCUAUCGGGAUUCGCAGGGUUACGGCGAGGAUGUAUUUUUCAGCAUUAUGCAAUCAUUCCACAAGCAUCAUCUGGAAAUUGAUCUGACUCAGGCCUGUGUGGGUGAACUGAAUACCAUGUUGCGUGGUGAGAUCAACUGCCCAAUUAUUUAUGGCGUUGGUGUUAAUAUCAAGACUGGUGAGAUUUUUCCGGCCACUUUUCCGGACAGAGGACCCGAUCGGGAGUUACGUGAUGCACGCAUUUUUAUGGGUGCUCAGUCGGUUUUGGAUGUCUAUGACUCAACAGUGGGAAUGCUGCGUAUUGGUCCAUUUAAUUAUGAUCCCUUGAGAGGAGCAGAUUUAUGGCUAUCCCAGACAGAUGAGUUUCUGCUACAACAUUUGUCCUCCAGUCCCGAUGUAGAGCCACCACACUUUGCACUCCAUACGCGUGCCACGAUAAGAUUUAUACAGGAGAACCAGUUCCCCGCUGUAACCGUCUUCAGGGACAAUCGACCGCGCUACUUUAGACGUGACGAGGCCACGGGCUGCUGGGUUUUGAUUCAAGAUUGAGUUCGGCUCUACAGAACAACCAUUUUGGAAUGCGCCUUAUAAAUGGAUCUGAAAGAUAAAUGAAAAAAAAAACAACUUAUUAACGAUAUGAUUAAAAACGUUGAUUAACUAUGUAUAUGCAUAUGCAUAUAUGUAUAUACAAAUAACAAUAAAAAAAAAUUUAAAACUAUUAUAUAUACAGAGAUUCUUAGCAAAAUAUAUACACAUAAAUCUCUAACCUACAUACGUGUAAACGAAAUGAACAAUUUUAAAAUGCAAUCAUUUUUAGCUAUAACUGUAAUUGUAAAACUUGUGUAAUCAAAAUGUAAGAGAUUCAAAUGGCUUGGCUAUACAUAACAUACCAUAAAAACAAAUUAAUGAAAUUGAAAA